AGCUCCGGGGAGACCCGAGCCGCGAUGCCUGGGGGGUGCUCCCGGGGCCCCGCCGCCGGGGACGGGAGGCUGCGGCUGGCACGGCUGGCGCUGGUCCUCCUGGGCUGGGUCUCCUCGUCCUCCCUCCCCUCCUCCGCGUCCUCCUCCACCUCCUCGGCGCUCCCGGUCUCCGCGGCGUCCGCCCAGCCCCAGCUGCCGGGCCGAUGCCCGCCGGCGUGCGAGUGCUCCGAGGCGGCGCGCACCGUCAAGUGCGUGAACCGCAACCUGACCGAGGUGCCCGCGGACCUGCCUCCCUAUGUGCGCAACCUCUUCCUCACCGGCAAUCAGCUGGCCGUGCUCCCCGCCGGGGCCUUCGCCCGCCGGCCGCCGCUGGCUGAGCUGGCCGCGCUCAACCUCAGCGGCAGCCACCUGGAGGAGGUGCGCGCCGGCGCCUUCGAGCAUCUGCCCAGCCUGCGCCAGCUCGACCUCAGCCACAACCCGCUGGCCGACCUCAGCCCCUUCGCCUUCUCGGGCGGCAACGCCAGCGUCGCGGCCCCCAGCCCCUUGGUGGAACUGCUCCUGAACCGCAUCGUGCCCCCUGCGGCCGAGCGGCAGAACCGGAGCUUUGAGGGUACGGUGGCAGCGGCCCUGCGAGCGGGCCACGCGCUGCGCGGGCUCCGCCGCCUGGAGCUGGUCAGCAACCACCUCCUCUACCUGCCCCGCGACGUCCUGGCCCAGCUGCCCGGCCUCAGGCACCUGGACCUGCGCAACAACUCGCUGGUGAGCCUGACCUACGUGUCCUUCCGCAACCUGACGCACCUCGAAAGCCUCCACCUGGAGAACAACGCCCUCAAGGUCCUGCACAACGGCACCCUGGCAGAGCUGCAGAGCCUGCCCCACGUCAGGGUCUUCCUAGACGACAAUCCCUGGGUCUGUGACUGCCACAUGGCGGACAUGGUGGCCUGGCUCAAGGAGACAGAGGUAGUGCAGGGCAAAGCCAGGCUCACCUGUGCAUUCCCGGAAAAAAUGAGGAAUCGGGUCCUCUUGGAACUCGACAGCUCCGACCUGGAAUGUGACCCUAUCCUUCCUCCAUCCCUGCAGACGUCUUACGUCUUCCUGGGUAUUGUUUUAGCCCUGAUAGGCGCCAUCUUCCUACUGGUUUUGUAUCUGAACCGCAAAGGGAUAAAAAAGUGGAUGCAUAACAUCAGAGAUGCCUGCAGGGAUCACAUGGAAGGGUAUCAUUACAGAUACGAAAUCAAUGCGGACCCCAGGUUGACAAACCUCAGUUCUAAUUCGGAUGUCUGAGAACCACGCGAGGACAGAACGAGGACAACUAUGCAUGAGACGUAGACUUCAGCUUUUAUCCUGUCCUAGGCUGGCUCCACCUCCACCCUCCACUGUAGCCGCCACUGACCUUGACUGAAAGCAGUGAAGGGAAUUUGCUCCCUUCUUAUGUAAAGUUUCUUGGUGUGUUCUGCUACUGUAAGACAAUGAACAACUGUGCUUAGUGUUUUAUCCUCUUCCUUUUCUGGGAAAUCAACACGUCUAGAGGGGUGUUUUCAAGUUUCAGCAUGAACAUGGCCUCUUGGCUGUCUGUUUCUCUUAGUACAGUUCAAGGUUAUCAAGUGUACUCCCACAGAUAGCAUUCAACAAAAGCUGCCUCAACUUUUUUGAGAAAAAGACGUAUUUCAUAAAUAUCAGUUUUAUUCUCAUGUACCAAAAUCGUGGAGAGAAUGAUUGCAUUCCAUAAACUGCCCGCAGACCUUAGCAAGCUCUUCAAAGUAACUCCAUAGCACACAGGAGCGCCUGCAUCCGAGAGCAUGCUUACAUUUUCCUGUUCUGCAUAUUACAAAAAAUAACUUGCAACUUCAGAUAACUUCUUUGACAAGUUACUUUUUUGAUUGCAGUUUAUAUGAAACUGUGCUGAAGUUUUUUUAUAAACUGCAUCGAGAUCCAGCAAACUAAAUUGUUCAAAAAAAAAUUCAAUAAAGAUUCUUAAAA